GGGAUUCUACCCCUGUAAAGCCCCCGAGCUGCGCAGCCACCUUCCGCUAAUCUUGUGGAUUGAGCUAGGGGGCAAAGGGUGCGACGCUGCUACCAGCAUGCCAGAUGGGGCAACACUGAGCGGUUUGAGAGGCUGGCGGUGGCUCCCCCAUUGUUUGCAAUUCGCUUCCUCUAGCGGGAAGGGAAGGGAAUUGCAUUCCUCUAGAUGCAGGACCUGAAUCGUUUUCGGAAGGAGCCCAAGUUUGACUUUUGUAUGAUAAGCGAUGGGGUUCAUUUGGGGGGGACAAUAAGAUAAGGACUUCUUACUUGGUUUGCUAAUGCAACGUGUUCCUGCCUGCAGCUUGGAAGGGAAAUGAAACAGUCUAGGACCGUUUCAUUCAUUCAUUCAUUCAUUCAUUCAUUCAUUCAUCAGUGAAAGGGGGCUUUGGUGUGAGUGUGGGUGCGCACGCUGCACCGGAAGAAAGGUGUCUUUUGGCCAAUGGGGCGUGACAGAGUGCUUCAGAGGGGUGUGGGCACACUAUCAAUGCCUCCUUAACUGAAAUGUGUACUUUCCUGGGAUUGCGCAGCUGCCCUGUGAUCCCAAGAAAAGAUGCACCUUCUUUAAGGAGGUCCCUCAUCUGCUGCGUGUGCACCCGUGUCUGCUGCAAGCCCCCUUUCAGCUUUGGAUCCAAAGUGCUUCUCACACAGAGCUGCUUGCAGGCCCUGGCGUUGGGGGCAGAGGAAGAUCUCAUCAUGGGGCUGAGAGGCAACAUGGAGUUCUCAGUAGCGUAGGCCAGGGAUCAGGGAGACCUGGGUUCAAAUCCAGGCUUGUCAGACAUCUCACUGCUUCUUAGCGCGGUUAUCUGGACAGCUGUUCGGGUCUGAUCCAAAACGUUGCUGUAGAUAAGCUUUUGGGUUGCACAACCCUCAAGAUAAGAGAGCUGGGCAAGGGUAUCCCACCAUCAUCUCCGUGAAGGCCAGAUUUUUGUGGGAAUAGAAGCUUCCGACAUACCCUGGUCCCAAGCCACGUAGCACAUGCUUGUUAACUCCAGCACUUGAGAUCCAGGCUCAGCAUCAUUUAAAGGCAUACCUUCAACUGUGGAAUCCACGGCAUAAUGCUUUUGCGGUAUUUGGGGGCACUAAUUGAGCCUUUAGGAGAGGGUGUUACUUUUUCAGGUCUGGGUCUCUCUUGUGCUCACAGCUGUAUUCUCAGAAAAGUUGAACAGCAAGAGCUUUCUCGUGUCUUGGUGCACGUGUGGCCAACAGUAAUCCUAAAGCAAGAAAGUACGCUCAACGUACGUUUUGUCAUUGCCUGGUUUUUGAAAAUCAGCGUAAUUUUCCUGGUCUUUGACAGGCAGCUUACAGGGAAAACACAGUGGGAUUGAACAGGUUCUGUCCAGCAGAGAACGUUGAGAAGAUUGACAGGAGGGUCCUCCAUUCGUACCUGAGGAAUUACUACACGCCCAGCAGGAUGGUGUUGGCUGGCGUGGGAAUUGAGCAUGAGCAGCUUGUGGAAUGUGCUCGCAAGUACUUCCUGGGGGCCCAGCCAGCCUGGGGAAGCGGGAAAGCCGACGAUGUGGACAAGUCAGUGGCCCAGUACACCGGAGGGAUCCUCAAGGUAAGGAACAGAAGACCGGCUCUGCUUUUCUCACCCCGCUCUGCAGAGAUGUGCAGAAGGAACAGGGGAACAAGCCCUGCAGCUGGAGUUUUCAGUGCCGGGAGCUUCUUACUGGCCAGUCGGGAAGCAGAAGCUGACCGUCAUCAGACCUCUUGGUUUAAUAAAGUGAUCUGUAAUGAUUUAAAAUGUACAACUCGCCUUGGACUUGUUCUCAGAGCAGCUAAAACAAAGUUGAACUGAUAAAAAUCUGGGACAGACGUGCCCCGAGUAGAUGCUGUGCCUCUUUCAAAAUCAACAUAUAGUAUAAGGGGCCACUCGCAUCUAAAAAAGUAAACACGAGGCAGCGCGAGUAUUAAAAGCAAUAAAAGUACACUUAAACAGCUGAAGGCAAGGCGGAUUGUCUGGAGAAAGUAGUCCGCUAGUCGCCCAAAAGGUAAGCAAGGCCCCGACCUGGUUUGUUUGUAGGUGCCACCGGGUAGUCCCUGGUAAGGACCCAUUUGCACCUAAAAGUAGCAUGAGGACCAGUAGUGUGUGGGGCACGGGUUCCAGUGAUGGUGCUUGCACAUGACCCAGGAGCAUCACUGGGUGUUCUCAGGCUACGUUUCUCCCCCCCCCCCCGCUGUUUUUUCGCAAUGCGUUCCCCGACCCGGAGCGAGAGGGGGCAAAGCGAAGCGCCGGGAGAGGAAGGGCGGAACUCCAGGGCAGGCGGCUUCACGCUCCUCCCCCGCCCGCCCCGACUGGGCAGGAAGAGCCGGAGCUUCCUCGAAAAUGGCACUCCGGGAGGUCCCGCCUUCAGUUUCGGAAUCACUCCGGCGAGGAAAAACCUUCGCGGUUCGGCGGCGGAGCGGCCCGGAUGCAGGGGGACGGCCGCGUCCGGCGGAGGAAGGAGGCGAAGCCGAGCGGAGAGGAGGGAGCCCGCAGAGGAGCCCCCCGGUCCGGGCCGCGAUCCAGAGCGAGGAGGGACCCCGUGGAAGGAGGGUGCCCGGGAAGCGAUGCGGGGCGUCGGAGGGCGUCGGAAUAGGCGGGGAAAAUCACCCAGGAGAGAAACCCUAUAAAUGCCUGGAGUAUGGAAAAAGUUUCAAUCAGAUAGGAAAUCUCAGUCAACGUGAACGCAUUAUUCACACGGGAGAAAAACCAUAUGAAUGCCUGCAAUGUGGAAUGAGUUUCAGCCUGAGGGGAAACCUUUAUAGCCAUCAAAGAAUCCACUCAGGAGAAAAACCCUAUAAAUGCCUGGAGUGUGGAAAGAGCUUCAGCCUGAGGGAAAAACUUGAUAUACAUCAAAGAAUCCAUUCAGGAGAGAAACCAUAAAAAUGUAUGGAGAUUCAGUUACAGCAUAGGUCUCAAUUAACAUUACAAGCCUCACAGAGAAAAUAAAGCUUAUAAAUGCACAGAGUGUGAAAAAUCUUUAGAAGAAAUGGAAACAAAUGGAAAUCUCUAAGACCAUAUAAGAAUCCACAAGGGGCGAAACUGUGUAAAUGGAUAGUGUGUGGCUGGAAUGCUUCAAUAACCAACUGGAUGAAAUGCACAAGGGUUUCGCAAGGGCUAACAAACUCAUUGACUAUUUAUGGACACCUGGACACUAAUUACAAUCCAAUAAGGCACAGGUAUGGAUUCUUACUGUUCAUUUCCAUCUCAGCCUGUGCAGCGAGAGCGUCUGGAAAGAGAUGCAGGAAGAA